CCUGCUUUCUAGAUACAAGUGGGAGCUCCAUCAGAAACAAAGUGAAGAUGCCAGAGCCUGCAAAGAAAACAGUUUCUGCAUUUACCAAGAAGCCAAAGACAGCAGAGGUGACGGCCGGAAGCACAGCUGUGUUUGAAGCAGAGACAGAAAAAGCUGGCAUCAAGGUGAAAUGGCAACGGGCCGGCACAGAAAUUACUGACAGUGAGAAAUAUGUCAUCAAGGCAGAAGGAAACAAGCAUUCACUGACAAUCAAUGAUGUAGGAAAAGAAGACGAUGUGACAUAUGCUGUAAUAGCUGGAAGUUCCAAGGUCAAAUUUGAACUCAAGGUCAAAGAACCAGAAAAGAGCGAGACGGUCACUCCUGCUGCAGCUGCUCCAGACCCCGCUGCCCCACCAGUAGAAAGCAGCCAAAACACAGAAGUUGCACUUGCUGGGACUCAGCCAGAAGGCCCUGUGGACCCUAUUGGGCUCUUCGUGACACGACCCCAGGACGGAGAAGUUACUGUUGGUGGAAACAUCACAUUCACUGCCAAAGUGGCAGGUGAGAGCCUGCUGAAGAAACCAUCGGUGAAAUGGUUCAAAGGAAAGUGGAUGGACCUGGGAAGUAAAGUGGGCAAACAUCUUCAGCUACGUGACAAUUAUGAUCGAAAUAACAAGGUGUACACCUUUGAAAUGGAAAUUGUAGAAGCAAACAUGACUUUUGCAGGAGGAUACAGAUGUGAGGUGUCUACCAAGGACAAGUUUGAUAGUUCUAAUUUCAACCUGACAGUCAAUGAAGCACCAGCAACUGCAGACUUAGAUAUUCGUGCUGCCUUCCGACGCACGAGCCUGGCAGGAGGGGGGAGACGGAUGACUUCAGCCUUUCUCAGUACUGAGGGACAUGAAGAAGGUGGAGAGUUUAAUUUUAGUGCUCUACUGAAAAAGAGAGACAGCUUCCUGCGCUCCGUAAAUCGAGGUGAAGCAAAAUCCGAAUCGCAAUCUGAAGCUGAUGUGUGGGAAAUCCUGAGGAAAGCUCCUCCUUCUGAAUAUGAGAAAAUUGCUUUUCAGUAUGGUAUCACAGAUUUGCGCGGGAUGCUGAAACGCCUCAAACGUAUAAAGAAGGAAGAGAAAAAAAGUACAGCAUUCCUCAAGAAACUGGAUCCAGCUUACCAAGUGGACAAAGGACAAAAGAUCAAAUUAAUGGUGGAAGUUGUCAAUCCAGAUGCUGAUGUGAAAUGGCUGAAGAAUGGACAGGAGAUCCAAGUGAGCGGCAGCAAAUAUAUUUUUGAGGCUAUUGGGAAUAAAAGAAUACUGACCAUAAACCACUGCUCUCUGGCCGAUGAUGCAGCAUACGAAUGUGUGGUAGGAGAGGAGAAAAGCUUCACGGAAUUAUUUGUAAAAGAACCUCCAAUUCUAAUCACUCGUCCUCUGGAGGAUCAGAUGGUGAUGGUUGGACAGAGAGUCGAGUUCGACUGUGAAGUGUCUGAGGAAGGAGCUACUGUGAAAUGGGAAAAGGAUGGAAUUGAGCUGACACGGGAGGAAACGUUUAAAUACCGAUUCAAGAAAGAUGGAAAAAAGCAGUAUCUAAUUAUUAAUGAGUCAACCAAGGAGGAUAGUGGACACUACACUGUGAAGACCAAUGGUGGGGUGUCUGUUGCUGAACUAAUUGUACAAGAGAAGAAGCUGGAAGUUUAUCAGAGCAUCGCAGACCUGACAGUGAAGGCACGUGACCAGGCAGUCUUCAAGUGUGAAGUUUCCGAUGAAAAUGUGAAAGGAAUCUGGUUGAAAAAUGGAAAGGAGGUGGUUCCAGAUGAAAGGAUAAAGAUCUCCCAUAUUGGCAGAAUCCAUAAGCUAACUAUUGAGGAUGUCACACCAGAUGAUGAGGCUGAUUAUUCCUUCAUCCCUCAGGGAUUUGCUUACAACCUUUCUGCCAAGCUUCAGUUUUUGGAGGUCAAGAUUGAUUUUGUACCAAGAGAAGAACCUCCCAAAAUCCACCUUGACUGUCUGGGCCAAUCCCCUGACACGGUUGUCGUGGUGGCUGGGAAUAAACUGAGAUUGGACGUUCCCAUAUCAGGAGAUCCAGUGCCCACUGUCAUCUGGCAGAAAGCAAACAAGAAAAAGGACCUUGUGCAAAGCUGUGAUGAUUCCCUCGCUCCCUCAGAAAACAGCAGUGAUUUAAAUACUGAUAGUAAGGUUUUGUUUGAAUCUGAGGGCAGAGUUCGUGUGGAGACAUAUGAAGACCACUGUGUCUUCAUCAUCGAAGGAGCAGAAAAGGAGGAUGAGGGAGUAUACCGAGUUACAGUCAAGAAUCCUGUGGGAGAAGAUAAGGCUGAUAUCACAGUCAAAGUUAUUGAUGUUCCUGACCCUCCAGAAGCUCCCAAGAUCAGUAACAUUGGAGAAGAUUACUGUACUGUACAGUGGCAACCCCCUAAAUACGACGGUGGACAACCAGUACUUGGCUAUAUUUUAGAGAGAAAGAAGAAGAAGAGCUAUCGAUGGAUGAGACUGAACUUUGACCUUUUAAAAGAGCUCACCUAUGAAGCCAAGCGAAUGAUUGAAGGAGUAGUUUAUGAGAUGCGGAUUUAUGCAGUGAAUUCUAUUGGCAUGUCCCGACCAAGCCCUGCCUCGCAGCCCUUCAUGCCUAUUGCUCCUCCAAGUGAACCAACCCACUUUACAGUCGAAGAUGUUUCUGACAGCACUGUUUCCUUGAAGUGGAGACCACCAGAGCGGAUUGGAGCUGGCGGAUUAGAUGGUUAUAUUGUGGAAUACUGCAAAGAUGGAUCUACAGAAUGGAUUCCGGCUCUUCCUGGCCUAACAGAGCGUACAUCUGCACUGAUUAAAGACCUGGUCACGGGGGACAAACUUCAUUUCCGUAUAAAGGCUAUAAACUUGGCUGGUGAGAGUGGAGCAGCAAUAAUCAAAGAGCCUGUUACUGUGCAAGAGAUCCUGCAGCGUCCCAAAAUCUGGUUGCCCCGCCAUCUCAGACAGACUCUGGUGAAAAAAGUGGGUGAGACUAUCAAUAUUGUGAUCCCUUUUCAGGGUAAACCAAGACCCAAAAUCAUUUGGAUGAAAGAUGGCCAAACACUAGACUCCAAAGAUGUGGGAAUUCGGAACAGCAACACGGAUACAAUCCUUUUCAUCAGAAAGGCAGAGCUCCAUCACUCAGGAGCAUAUGAAGUCACUCUUCAGAUAGAAAACAUGACUGAUAAAGUUGCAAUAACAAUGCAAAUCAUAGGUAAGAACCUGACAACGUCAAAAUUGAGCAUGUCAUACAAAAUAAAAUAA